GGAAAAAUGAAAUACGGCUGACAUAUAAAACCCUAGCUUCAACCAAAAAUCAGCCACGCUCAACACGAAAACAGGACAAAAGAAAAACUACGCAUAGCAUGGAAAUUGCAGAAGAAAUGGAAAUAGAAGAAAGAAUUUCCACUCCAACUCGCAACAAUUUCAAGCGAUUUGCACUGAAAAACGCAAUACAAACCAACUUCGGUGACGAUUACGUCUUCGAAAUUGUUGCCAAAGACGAUUGGACGUCGAUUGCUGUUUCGCUUUCGAGCAAUGCCGUGAAGUUGUACUCGCCGCAGACAGGACAGUAUCUCGGUGACUGCAGAGGCCAUUCUUCAACGAUCAAUAAGAUUUCCUUCGCAGGUCCGUCAUCGCCGCACGUGUUGUAUUCCUGCUCCUCUGAUUCCACGAUCAGAGCUUGGGAUUCCAGGUCUUUUCAGCAGGUGGCUUGCAUAAGCGCGGGCCCUUCGGAGGAGCUAUUCAGCUUCUCUUUUGGAGGAUCUGACGGUAAUCUCGUUGCAGCGGGAUGUAAGUCUCAGAUUCUUUUGUGGGAUUGGAGGACAAUGAAACAGACUGCGUGCUUGGAGGAAUCUCACAUGGACGACGUUACUCAGGUUCACUUUAUCCCUGGGCAUCAAAACAAACUUCUCUCUGCUUCUGUUGAUGGAUUAAUGUGCCUGUUUGACACCAGUGGAGAGAUAAAUGAUGAUGAUCACUUGCUAUCAGUGUUCAAUGUGGGAACUUCAAUUGGAAAAGUGGGAUUUUGUGGCCAGACAAAUGAUAAAUUGUGGUGCUUAACACACAUUGAAACUUUGAGCGUUUGGGACUGGAAUGAAUCAAGAACUGAGGCAAACUUUGGUGAUGCUCGUGCGUUAGCAUCCGAGAGCUGGACACUAGAUCAAGUUGACUACUUUGUCGAUUGUCACUACUCACUCGAGGAGGAUCAACUGUGGGUGAUCGGAGGUACAAAUGCUGGCACCUUCGGGUACUUCCCUGUAAAAUUUGGAAGCACGAAGAAGGUUGGAUCAGCAGAAGCUGUGUUCCAAGGCGGCCAUACAGGCGUUGUAAGGAGUGUGUUGCCCAUGUCCAGUGUGCCUGGCAGAGCGAAUAGUCAAGGCAUUUUUGGAUGGACAGGAGGCGAAGAUGGUCGCAUGUGUUGCUGGUUAUCGGAUGAAUCUCCAAAUACCAAUCACUCCUGGGUAUCUUCUACAUUGGUCGAGAAAUCGCAUAAAAUUCAUAGGAAAAGACACAGUCCUUAUUAGAACACGAGAAUCCUUGCGUCAAAUGUGUUGUAGUUUUUUUAUGUUUUAUGCAUCUGAUUCCUAUUCGUGGAAAAAUCUUGGGAUAGUAAAAUAAUAAAUUUUACUUUCAUCUA